UAAUCGAAGUUUGUUUUCUUGUGACCAAAAUGGAUGGAGGUGCUCUUUAUCGAUCGCUGCAACGUUACGUUUUGACAGAACAGCAACAAGAAUUUAAUGGUUAUCCUCGACCACAUUACGACAAAGAUCGUGCUGUAAUUAAUUCGAAAAACAUCACGCAAGUACGAUCAAUGCCAGGUGUCCAAUUAGCACCUGACAAACGGAUUUGUGAUCGUUGCGGUACCAUUUUUAGAGUUGAUAACAAAGGAAUGCCCAUUAAUAGAGGCGAUCCUUGUUCGUACCACUGGGGUAGAUCGUAUCAACGUCGUGGAUACAAGACGCCCUACACUUGCUGUUCUCGCGAUUCAAACUCCACUGGCUGCACAAUAAACCAAUGGCACAUUAGCGAAAAUUUAGACAAUUUGAAAGGAUUCGUCCGCGCGACAGACAAGCCGCAACCGGUGGAUGGGAAUUACGGUGUAUACGCUCUAGAUUGCGAAAUGUGCUACACUACUGAGGGUAGCGAAGUUUUGCAUGUGGCGGCCGUCUCUUCCGAAUGCAAAACAGUCCUGGACACAUUAGUGAAGCCCAGCAAUCCCGUUCUCGAUUACAACACCCGAUUCAGCGGAAUUUCAGAAAAAGAUGUACGAUACGUUACAACGACGUUACGAGAUGUACAGGAUAUAUUACUAGACAAGUUUUGUAACAAGACAAUUCUGAUUGGACAUAGCUUGGACGGAGACCUCCGAGCUUUACGACUGAUACACGAUACGGUUAUUGAUACUAGUGUCGUUUUCCCACAUUCCCAAGGCCCUGGUUUUAAAAGAGCUCUAAAGACGCUCUGUCAGGUGUAUUUGAACAAAAACAUCCAGAAACCAGGUAAUGGACAUAGCUGUGUCGAAGAUGCUACGGCAUGUAUGGAACUCAUGAUGCGAAAAACAAAAAACUGGUGAAGUUUUAAACAUUAUUAUCUACUUCUAUUUUAUCGCGUAAAUGUAGUGGAAUUAUCG